AUGACUAUUAAUGUACAAUCAAUUGUGAUUUUAUUUUUUAGUUUUGCUAUUAUUCAAAGCAAAGGACGAUUACCAUGUUUUUUUCCUGAAUCAGAUGUUGAGCCAUUUACUACAGAAGUUAUGGCAAAUAAUCUUCAUGAAUUAUCUGUUCUUAAUACUGUUGUUGAACCUCCACAUGCUGAUUUGUCUAUUCUUAAUGUUAGAAGUAACAAUCUACCCAAGGUUAAUUUCUCUUCAGCAUUUGAACUUCGCCGUCACUCAAAUGGUCAAUUUAUUAUAAUUUUAAAACCAAAUUUUUUAUUACCCCCAUAUCCAGGGCAUAUAAAUGAAACGAGCCUAACAAUAACCGUUUUAUGCAACAAAUCAUCCUAUCAAUUGUUAACAUUAAAAGUUAAACAAGCAAACUUGUUUCCACCAAUCUUUUAUAAUACACCAUAUAAAUUAUAUAUAUCACAGGAUAUUGAAAGUGGAACAAUAUUAGAAAGUCCAAUUCUUGCUAUUGAUUGGGAUCCACAAAAAAAAUAUACAAUAACAUAUAAAAUUAUUUCUGGUAAUAUUGAUGAAACAUUUUCAUUAAUUGUCUCUAAUUUAACAUUUUAUAAUCGUCGUGUUCUUCCAACUAAAACUCCAGAAGGUAGACAAAUCCCUAUUCGUUGGACACAUUCUCAACUACCACCAAUAGUAAAUAUUUUAGUUAAUCAUCCACCAAAACAACGUCAAUAUAAUUUAAUUAUAGAGGGAAGUGAUAAUGAUGAAAAUCAUCCUUAUAAUACAACUGUUAAUUUAACAAUUUAUGUUGAUAUGAAAAAUGAAAUUAUACCUGUAUUUAAUGAAAAAGAAUAUACAUCAAUAUAUUCAUAUAAUAUAAAAGCUGGUGAUAUUUUAAAAAUAGAUAAACCUAUAGAAGCUAUUUAUGAUAAAAAUAUACAAUCAAAUGAAACAAUUUUAUAUGUUUUAGAAGAAUCUGAUAUUACAAAUUUACUUGAUAUGGAUUUAAUAACAGGAGUUAUAAGUGUUAAAAAAAAUUUUACACCUGAUAAUAUUAGUGGUACAAUUAAGGUAGAAUUACGUGCAUACUCAUCAAAUAAUCCUCAUCGUUACUCAACAUCAACAUUAAUAUUAAAAGAAGAUACUUCUAAUAUUAUUGGACAUUUCUCACCAUGUUAUCAAGAAGUAUCAAUUAAAGAAAAUUCUAAAAAUGGAACAAUAUUAACAAAAUUAAAUGUUGUUGGAUCAUAUUUAAAAAUUAUUCUUUUAGAUAAUCAUGGAAUAUUUAGUAUAAAUAAUGAAAAUGAAAUAAUUGUAAAUGAUGAUACAUUAUUAGAUCGUGAAGAAAUACAAAAACUUCAAAUAAAAGCACAACUUAUUUAUAAUAUUACAGAUAUUGAUAAAACAAAUUUAUUAGAAUCAUUAUGUAAUAUUAGUAUUAUAAAUGUAACAAUACUUGAUGAAAAUGACAAUAGUCCCCAAUUUGAUAAACCAUCAUAUUAUUUUGGUUUUACAAAUAUUCCCCAAAAUAAUACUGAAGUUGGUAUAAUAAGAGCUUUUGACAUUGAUGAAGGUAUUAAUAGUGAUUUAGAAUAUAUAAUUAAUAGUAAUGAAAAGGAAGAUGAUUUACCUUUUAUACUAGUUUAUAAAGAUAAUGGUGUUGCAAUUGUUUUUGAAAAAAAAAAUUCUUUACAAAAAAUUAAAAAAUAUUAUACAUUUAUUGUUGAGGUUAGUGAUUUAUCUGAUAACCCUAGAACAAGUAAAAUGACAAUUGCUAUUGAUUUUAAUGCUGAUCCUGAAAGAUUAAGACAAGAAAAAUUUAUGGAAAAUAGUGAUGAUAUAUUUAAUGAAAAAAAUAAUAGAAAAAUUAUUGAUAAUCAUAUACCAUUAUUUGGUGUUAUAACAAGUGAAAAUAAUGAUAAUACAUUAGUAGAUUUUGAUAAAGAUGAAACACCACAAUAUAUAAGACAUUUUGAAAAGGAUAAAUAUAUUUUUGAUGUAUAUGGUGUUAUUGAUGUUAAUCAGUAUGUAGGAAGUGUAAGAAUUAUUGAUGCAUUACCAAAUGAAGAAUUAACAUAUGAAUUAGAAGUUACAACACCAGGUGUAUUUGAAAUAAAUACUGGAACUGGUGAUAUAUUUACUGGAUCAAAUUUAAUGUCAAUGGAACAUGAUGGUCUUGAAUUUGUUUUUGAAGUAACUGCACGUCGUAAACAUUUUAAAGUUGUAAGUUAA